GCGAUUCAUCAGGUGAAACAUCGUGUCAACGUUAAAUUUUAUUUCCCCGAUACCGUUACGAAACAUCUUCGCCCAUGAUCCACAAGAAUCGCCGAAAAAAAAACCGAUUACAUUCCACGGGGUAAACGCCUUUGUAUUGCAUUCGCCGUCAUAUCGGUUAGCUGUCAGAUUAUCAGAGAUACAGCCGUGCAUGUCGCCUAACUUCUCUCGCCACCUUACCCCGACACUGGAAAAAGGAUUACUCGAGUGCAAUGGAUAUCAGUCGGCUACGAGCCGUGAAGUAAGCAGGGUCCGUACAGCUCCGAUCGAUUCGAGGAAUUGUACGGCGUCUUGCGUGAACUGCUCGUCAUCGUGACAGGUACACACAGUUUGUUAUUGUAUUCCCGAUCGGACGAUUCGAGGAUUCACUCUCGCGGAUGACGCCUACGGUAAACUCGAGCUUGUGACAUCGAGAAACGAAAAUAGAAGUUGUCGUGUCGGAGCCACGUGACUCGAGGGAAUUUAUGUGACAACGAACGUGACAGCCAGGAAAACUCAAGUCGUUUGACAAUUCCACGCGUUUCGCGGUGACGUGAACCGUCUCGAGGAACAACCGAUAAAGUACGCCGUUCGUAAUUUCCUCGGAAAACACGCGGUGAAGUUGCCUCGGUGGGUGCCGUUGACCGCCAUAUUCACUAGACUCACCGGGAUACUGGUUCGAAAAAAAAAAAAAUAAAUAUUCGGAAGGUGAUACGUUGGUGAAGUGACAAGAGCACUGGAAGGCUAACGAUCAAUUGUCCAGCGUAUCACGCGUGUAAAUUGGCGAAACAGGCCCGGCGUGAAACACGUUGACGAGAUGGAGUUCAAGUUCAACGUGAAUAAACUCUUACCCAAGAAGAUCAACAAGGUCACGCAUACCCUUAUUCCAGAAGACUUCAAAGGUGAUCGUCGAGAAUUGAACGAAUGUCAGAGGCAACUGAGCAGAGUCCUGGACGACAUGGGCGAGGCCUCGGCGAGGGCUCAGGGUCUGAACAAGUCGAUAACCAGCGGCAUAAAACUUCGGGACACGGACCACGUGGUUUAUUUAUUAGUCGAUAACGAAGCAAACAACGGACUGGGCAGCGUGGUGGGCUUGCUGAAGACCGGAUCGAAGAAUCUCUUCAUGUUCGACGAAACAGGAGCUCAUUACCAGCUGAAGCCUAGAUGCAUCCUGGACUUCUACGUGCACGAGUCCCGGCAACGUAUGGGUCUCGGGAACAUUCUCUAUCAGUACAUGCUUUCCGAAGAGAAUAUCAGGCCGGUGAAGCUGGCGAUCGAUAGACCUUCGGAGAAGUUCUUAGCCUUUCUCGACAAGUACUACGGCCUCUCAAAAAUAAUACCGCAGAAUAAUAAGUUCGUCGUCUUUCAAGGAUUCUUCGACGACGAACGCCAGGAUGUGAGGUCAAAUAGAUACAGCUUGCCCCCUAAACUGGACAUCUCUGGGCAAAAUAAUGUUCAUAAUAAUGUCGGGAAAAGUAAUUCUGGUAUGAAUGGCGUUCAGUAUCCUUCAUCUGUUACACGCAGUUCAUUUGGCAGAUACGCUGCAGCACGACCACCUUGUUCGAUGGCUAAUAUAAUCCAUAACACUGCUGUGCUUGGUCCAUCGGCAGAACGUACUGGUUACUUUUUCAGUGAAAAACCGAGCACACCUGCUGCAACACAUUCGAAACCAGAACGACCACGUUCUUUAAGUCUUUACUCCGAAGAAGAACAGAAGUAUCGCACAAGCGAGUUAUCCACGGUUCCGACACCUGCUCUACCCGACCACCAACCCACCCCCCUCGCUACUAUUUUACGGGAAACAGAGAAAACUGAAAAGAACGUGAAACCAUCGCCUUCUUGUAGCCAAGAAGUGGCUGGUACUAAUCAACACUCCCGACUGGACCUAAAAUUUUACCAUUCACCAUUAUGGUAAAGCAACUGAAGAAAGUGAGAAGCUAAGGAUUUCUCUGAAUAGAAAUGUUUUACAUUUAUUAACAGUCUUAGAGGAAUUGUAUUGGAAAAUUGUAUUGCUUGUGUAUGUGACGAAGUAUAAGAAGGUUUACUUUUCACGACAAAAUACAUGUGAAAAGUCAGCUAAUAACAAAAUUGAUGGUCAUCGAAUAUUAUUGAAAUGAUGACUAUAAGAACGGCAAUGUAUUAUUACUACGGAAU